AAAACAGGCGAGAGUUGUUCUCAUGCACGUCAGUGACUUGAGGUAACUGCCAGCACGCUUCCCUCUCUUCCUCUUUUCAGUCGAGUUUAAGAUAGAGCGUCAGUUUGAAACUAGUUUCCUGAAUGUGCUGUUUCACUUGCAACAAGAAGUGUGAUUGCUUUUGGCUCAGAGUUGUGUCCCGAGGCUCAGGAGUUUUGACAGUACUUUGGCAACAACCACCGCUGAGAUGGCUUUACAGUUUAAAGACGCAUUUUGGGGCGACGGCUUCACCAGUAACAUUGGCUAUGAGACAAUAGUGCAGAGGAUCAAUGAAGGUCGGCGGACCUGCAAAGACAUGGAGGAGCUUCUGAAGAUGAGAGCGUCUGCCGAGGAGAAGUACGGCAAAGAGCUGGUCACCAUCGCGCGCAAAGCCGGCGGCCUUUAUGAGAUCUGCACUUUGAGGACAGCUCUGGACGAGAUGAAGAAGCAAAUUGAAAACAUUGGCAACUUGCACAUUCAGCUGUCCAGCCUGCUGAAGGCUGAGGUGAAGAGGAUGGAGACCUUCAGGGACCAACAGAAGGAGCAGAGGAAGCAGAUUGAAGUGGCAAUGGAAAGAAUCCAGAAGACUAAAGUCUCGCUCUAUAAGAAAACCAUGGAUUCUGAGAGUAUGUAUGAGCAACGCUGCUGGGAGGCUGACGAGAAUGAGAAGGCCGCAAAGAAGAUGUCCGCCUCGUCUGCAUCCACUCCCAAACAGAUUGAGAAGAUCCAUGCCAAAUCAAAACAGAGCCGGGAGGCUGCAGAAGAAGCUGAUAAACAGUACGCGUCAAGCGUCGAGCAGCUGGAAGUCAUUCGUCAAGAAUGGGCGUCUACACACGUCAUCACUUGUGAGAUGUUCCAGCACCAGGAAGAGGAGCGUGUCCGCGUGAUGAGGGACGCUUUGUGGCUCCACUGCAACCACUUCUCCAUGCAGUGUGUGAAGGAGGACGAGUGUUACGAGAACGUGAGGCUGUCGCUGGAAAGUUGUGACGUCGUCAACGACAUCGACUGCUUUGUUCAGUUGAAUAAAACCGGAUCAUCACCUGCUGCCCCCAUUCUGUACCGUAACUACUACGAAAGAGAUGCUUCGGCUGAAAGAAACGGGAAAGCUGGCUUUGUCGGUGGAGUUAUGAAGAAGUUUUCAAAUCUUUUGCAGAUGAACAACAUGUCUGGCUCCAAACCAAGCAUCAACGAUCCGGUUGCGCCACCAACAAGUGGGAUUCCAUCCGGCGUCUAUGCCUCCAUCUCUGAAGUCUCUUUACCCCAGGAUCAGUACACGGCCAUAUAUGACUACACGGCCCAGGUAAGGUGCUUCCAACCCGGCAGGAACUGUUUAGAAAUACGUGUGGCUGAGUUGAUCCAUGGUUUGAUCCUGAAGCAUGAAGAUGAGCUCUCAGUUUCCGUCGGAGAUGUCUUGGUUGUCAUUCGUCAAGGAGAGGAUGGUUGGUGGACAGCGCAGAGGAACGGUCAGACUGGAUUUGUCCCGGGCUCCUACCUCAGCAAGCAGUGACUCUGCCAGAGAGAGAGAGAGAGAGAGACCUCAGAGGGGCUUCAAACUGCACAGGCCAGGGAUAUCAUGUUGCCUGAGAAGUCGAAGAUAAAUAAAUUAUUUUUUUAACUCACGUUCAAGAGCUUUUCUGUCUUUAUUAUUUGUGUACCGGCAUUUUUUCUGAAGUUUGAAAAUAUAGCCUCACCUGGACUGCCGUGACCCGGAUUCGAACCGGGGUUGCUGCGGCCACAACGCAGAGUACUAACCACUAUACGAUCACGGCGAGGUACGGUGCUUGGGAACGAGGGUGAAGAGGAAAGGGUUCAGGCUCCUCUACAGCCUUAGCAGCGUGUCUGACACGCUAUCCUUUUGGUCAGAUGGCAUCAUAUCCAGCAUCUUUUAACCCCCUCAACCUCCAAAAAUUGUGA